GCUUUCUAAUGCGUUUCCCCCUCGGCAGCCCUGAGCUGGCAAUUCUGGUAGUGACUGCAGGGCCCUGCUAGACGGCGGUCGCAUGCAGCUCCUAUGAGGCCCCCGCCGCCGGUCGGCGAUGUCCGACUGGAGCUGUCGCCUCCGCCGCCGUUGCUGCCGCUGCAGGUUGUAAGCGGGUCUCCAGUCGGCCCCGCCGGGCGUCUCAUGGCCUCUAGCAGCUCUCUGGUGCCCGACCGGCUGCGCCUGCCGCUCUGCUUCCUGGGUGUCUUUGUCUGCUAUUUUUACUAUGGGAUCCUGCAGGAAAAGAUAACAAGAGGAAAGUAUGGGGAGGGAGCCAAGCAGGAGACGUUCACCUUUGCCUUAACUUUGGUCUUCAUUCAAUGUGUGAUUAAUGCCGUGUUUGCCAAGAUCUUGAUCCAGUUUUUUGACACCGCCAGGGUGGAUCGUACUCGGAGCUGGCUCUAUGCUGCCUGUUCUAUCUCCUAUCUGGGUGCCAUGGUCUCCAGCAACUCAGCACUACAGUUUGUCAACUAUCCAACUCAGGUCCUUGGUAAAUCCUGCAAGCCAAUCCCAGUCAUGCUCCUUGGGGUGACCCUCUUGAAGAAGAAGUACCCACUGGCCAAGUACCUGUGUGUGCUGCUAAUUGUGGCUGGAGUGGCCCUUUUCAUGUACAAACCCAAGAAAGUUGUUGGGAUAGAAGAACACAUAGUCGGCUAUGGAGAGCUCCUCCUGCUAUUGUCGCUGACCCUGGACGGACUGACAGGUGUUUCCCAGGACCACAUGCGGGCUCAUUACCAAACAGGCUCCAACCACAUGAUGCUGAACAUCAACCUUUGGUCAACAUUGCUGCUGGGAGUGGCAAUCCUUUUCACUGGGGAACUCUGGGAGUUCUUGAGCUUUGCCGAAAGGUACCCUGCCAUCAUCUAUAACAUCCUGCUCUUCGGCCUGACCAGUGCCCUGGGUCAGAGCUUUAUCUUUAUGACGGUUGUGUAUUUUGGUCCCCUGACCUGCUCCAUCAUCACUACAACACGAAAGUUCUUCACAAUUUUGGCCUCUGUGAUCCUCUUCGCCAAUCCCAUCAGCCCCAUGCAGUGGGUGGGCACCGUGCUUGUGUUCCUGGGUCUUGGUCUUGAUGCCAAGUUUGGGAAAGGAGCCAAGAAGACAUCCCACUAGGAAGAGAGAGACUACCUCCACAUCAAGAAUAUUUAAGUUAUUAUCUCAGACAGUGACCUCUCUUGGGAAAACGGACUCAAUAGGAAUAUGGGACUGAGUUCCAGUCUUUUUUAAAAAAAAUAAAAUCAAGCAAAAUCACAUAUUCUAAAGAAUGCACUUGAAUUUUAACAAGA